GAGAUGGGGGGAGAGAGCGAGCCGAACAAACAGGUCUGAGAUCGACACCAUUGAAGAUAUUUUCAAUUUUCAAUUUUCAAACGGAACCUUUACCUUCGUUUCCCCAAUUUUUAGUUUCUGUUGCUAAUCUUUCAUGGCGGUUAACCGUAAUGAGAUGGAUCGGAUCAAGGGUCCGUGGAGCCCUGAAGAAGAUGACGCUCUUCAGAGGCUCGUCCAGAAGCAUGGCCCACGCAACUGGUCCCUCAUCAGCAGAUCGAUUCACGGCCGCUCUGGGAAGUCCUGCCGGCUCCGAUGGUGCAAUCAGCUCUCGCCGCAGGUGGAGCACCGACCCUUCUCGCCGGAGGAGGACGAGACCAUUAUCAGAGCUCAUGCGAACUUNGGCAACAGAUGGGCUACUAUUGCUCGGCUUCUUUCUGGCCGAACAGAUAACGCCGUCAAGAAUCACUGGAAUUCGACGCUCAAGCGGAAGUGCUCAUCAAUGAUGAAUGAGGGGUUUGAAGGGGAAAGCAACAAUCAGCCUCUGAAGAAAUCGUUCAGCGCUGGCGCCGCUGUCAACAUCUCCAACGGACUCUACAUGAGCCCCGGUAGUCCAUCGGGAUCUGACAGAAGCGACUCUAGCGUUCCUGUUGUAUCUCCAAUCGUGUACCGCCCCGUUGCCAGAACCGGCAGCGUAAUACCUCCGGGAGAAUCAACUUUGUCCUCCGCCACAGAUCCUCCGACGUCGCUAUCGUUAUCUCUCCCAGGAGUGGGUGCCGCCGGCGAAAGUUCAAAUCGCGAAGGAAGUGGAUCAACGGCGCAGGUGCCUCUACUGGCAGCAUUCGCUCAAAUACAGAGCAUGGCGGCAUCGGAGCUGGCGAGGGCGUCGCAGCUAGAUAACAGACCCGAUGAGUCAGCCGAGAAAAUUAAUGGGUUUGGAAUAUUCAGUGCAGAUUUAAUGGCGGUGAUGCAAGAAAUGAUAAGGUCGGAGGUGAAAAGCUAUAUGGAAGGGCUAUCGGAUCCAAGAGGAAGAGGUUGUUUCCAGCAGGCUAAAGCCGGUGGGAUCAGGAACGUUGGUUUUUAAGCGAACUGCGAAUUAAUCAACAAGAUUUGAACUGUUGAAGCGAAGUUGCCAUCUCGGGCUUCGAGAGAAAGAGGGAAUGUUGGUUGGGGAGAGAAUGAGAAACACAGUAAGAAAAUGUGCUGGGGGGAAAGAAGUAAACCUGGGAGUUGGGUUUCUUUCCAUCUUUCAACUCUUUUUUUAAUGUUGUUUUUUAAGGAAAUAAUAUUUAGUGAAUGAAUGUACAUAGAAGGGAAUGAAAGAAGAUGAAAAGGGGGAAGUUCCCAUUCCCAAUUCCUUAACAGAUAGGAAAUCCAACGCAAAACCAUAAUCAAUUGGUUUCGUUUUGAAUGUUCUAA